AAAAAGCUGAUUAAGAAUUCGGGGAAAUUUAUUGUUUUUAUAAUCUUGGAAAUAUUUUAACCUGUAAUAUAAGAAAGAUAUAGGACGUAACGUUUACGUUAAUUUCUGGAAAUACUAAUUUGUUUCGUAUAAAUUGGGUGAUGCAACCCGUACCAGAAAAGAUUAGAUUGGAUUUAUUAAAUUGUUUAAACUUGUGAUAAAUUGGUGUAGCUUUUAUAUUGCAUGAGAAAUGCCUAAAAGAAAACGCAAUACAACACCGAGGGUUGCUGCCACUGAAGGGAAUCCAAGGUCGGUGAACCCCCCUCAUGAUGCUAGGCCUAGUGGACAGACGGCAGGUGGAGAUGUAUCUACCAAUGCACAGACUUCAGCCAGAAGUACUUCCAAAAGAAAGCGCACAGCUACCAAAGAAAAGCCCAGAGAUCUGCCCCAGGCUGAACCACAAAAUAUCCAAACAACUAGUCAGCAGGAUGGCCUAACUACAUGUAGUACACCUAGUACAGCAGAAACAUCAGGUAGUCUGGGUGACAAUGGGGUGCUUGAUUAUGAAGCACCGUGCAUGAUUGAUUCGGUCAAUACUUUGUUGUCGUCUAAUGUUUCUCAGAACAUCAAAGAUAAAAUUGUCAAUUCUAAAUAUGUUGACAUAAGUUUAUUGUUGGAUAAUACAUCCAUGACUGAAGCAGCAGAGAAAAAAAUUUACUUCAAUGAAAAAGGGGAACUUGUUACUAAAGAAAGUUCAAAAGCGAAAAUUAAUAUUAACACAAUAGAAAAAUGGACUGAUGCAUUUUUGAUUUAUAGUAGCAUUUAUGCUUCAGCUCAUCAAGAUGAAGUGCAGGGUCUCUUUAAAUACAUGCAUGACAUAAGGUUAGGGGCUACAAGAGGGAUGGGAUGGAAAAAGUACGAUGAACAAUUCAGAUUAAGACGAAGUGUUAAUCCAUCAAUUUCCUGGGCAGGGAUAGAUCCUGAACUCUGGCUUAUGUAUAUGCAUGCCCCAUCGCAACAGGCUGUCUCAACUCAACCCUCACCUGGGCAAAUAACGCAUAACAAAUGUUUCAACUUUAACUACAGGGGCUUCUGUAGCAAACAAGGUUGUGGGUACUUACAUAUGUGCAUUAAAUGCAACAAUGGUCACCCCAUCUCUUCGUGUCCUUUGAAACAAACAAGCAUAGGUCAAUAUCAAUCAUUCAAAGGGGAAGGGUAUCCCGGUUAUAACCAGCAUAGUGCCAACUUCUUUUCCCCGGGAGUACCCAGAUUUCAACCCCCCUUUCGAGCCCCAGGGGCUAGUAGUACUACAAGACCCCAGCAAUAUAGACCUCAGAAAAAUAUGGGACCUAGGAAAAACACCUAUUAAAGUGGAACAACUAUUGAAAUAUUUAAAUGAUUACCCAGACCAAAAUAAAGCCCAAUUUUUAAGGGAUGGAUUUUUAAGUGGUUUUAAACUCCAGUACUCAGGGCCAAGGGUUCAUGUGUCCUGUAAAAACUUACU